AUGGAGUUGGAGGAAGGAGACAUUGAUCCUAAAUAUAGUAAACAGAUGAUUAUAUUAAGAUCCGUAAAGCAAUGGCAGAUUAAUCAAGUGGAGUCGGGGAAUGUUCCGUUGUAUGUUAUUGCGCAAGUAGGGGGAUCCGUUCUAGCGACGUACGCAGGGCAGUUCGUGUACGACAUCAAGCCGGAGCUGAUGCUGAUGACGCCAGCCCGUCGGAGGUGGACCGAAGCCUUCUUGGUGGAGCUUGUAGCGACGUUCAUCGUGCUCUUCAUGACUACUUCAUUGUUCAACGAAUUGCAAUCGGUAAGACAAUAUGUGUCUGGAUUUGUUGCUGGAAGGGCUAUAUGGUUGGGAGUCCUUGUCUCGGGGCCUGUCUCAGGAGGAUCAAUGAACCCAGCAAGAUCACUAGGACCAGGACUUGUUACAUGGAGAUUUGAUAGAUUGUGGGUAUAUCUUGUAGCCCCGACGGUCGGAGCAAUCGCCGGCGUCGUCGUUUAUCGAGCCUUGCGCCUCCAAGGCUGGUCUUGCGACAUCAUCCAAGGCACCCAUCCCUCAUUGCAGUAG